AUGUCUGCAAGAACAGCUGAACGACAGCAACAACAACAACAACAUGAUUCUGAUAUGGAAUCUCAAGUCAGUCGUGGACGUUCACCAGGACCUCGACAACCCCCUCCUGCUGCUGCUGCUGCACCACGACGAGCUCCACAACAACAACAACGUGAAUAUUCAGAAGAUGAGGAAUCAGUAAUAUCUGAAGCACCCUCGGCUGGUGGUGGUGGACGUCAACGCUCGAGAAGAAGAAAUCGACGUAAUCGUCGUAGCAGAAGAGCACCUCCUGUGUCCGAUGAAGAAAGUAUUGUGGAUGGUGCUGUUGGCACAGUCAACAAUGCCGCUAAUCAAGUAACCAACACGGCCAAUCAAGUGGCCAACACUGCCCAAAACGUAGCCCAGCCCGAUAAUAGCCCUCUCAAACUUCGCUUGGAUCUCAACCUUGAUGUUGAUAUCGAAUUGCGUGCCAGGGUCCAUGGUGAUGUAACCCUUUCUCUCUUGAGAUAA